AGCGAGAGAGUAUUCUAGGGUUUUCUAGGGUUUCAGUUCAAACCCCGAAAGGCGAUCGAUUUCGCUGUCACUUCGGCCCCUCUUCUCUUUUGAUCUCUCUCGAUUCUCAUCGCAUUCGAUCUUCGCCAGUUUCUGGAGCUCACUUGUUGCUGCUCUAAUGGCGCGGCUAUUUAAAGAUGAAGCGACUGAAGAGAAGGGAGAGCGAGCUAGAAUGGUUACACAUGUUGGUGCAGUGUCAAUUGCUGAUUUAGUUAAGACGACUUUAGGGCCUAAGGGAAUGGACAAAAUUUUGCAGUCCACUGGGAGAGGGCGUACUGUUACAGUCACCAAUGAUGGUGCUACUAUCUUAAAGUCACUCCAUAUUGAUAACCCUGCUGCAAAAGUUCUUGUUGAUAUUUCGAAAGUUCAAGAUGAUGAAGUGGGUGAUGGGACAACUUCUGUUGUUGUUUUGGCUGGAGAGCUUUUGAGGGAAGCUGAAAAGUUAAUCAUGACAAAGAUUCAUCCCAUGACUAUUAUAGCAGGUUAUAGAAUGGCUGCUGAAUGUGCACGGAAUGCAUUGUCAAAGAAAGCCAAGGAUAACAAACAAGAUCCAGAGAAAUUCAAGUCAGAUUUGAUGAACAUUGCAAUGACAACUUUGAGUUCAAAAAUUCUCUCCCAGGACAAGGAACACUUUGCUACACUUGCAGUUGAUGCUGUUAUGAGGCUUAAGGGUAGUACAAAUUUGGAGUCAAUUCAAAUAAUCAAGAAGGCUGGAGGUUCCUUGAAGGAUUCAUUUUUAGACGAAGGAUUCAUUCUUGAUAAGAAAAUUGGCAUUGGCCAACCUAAACGAAUUGAGAAUGCUAAUAUCUUGGUGGCAAACACAGCUAUGGACACCGACAAAGUUAAGAUAUAUGGUGCCCGAGUUCGUGUCGAUUCAAUGGCAAAGGUAGCACAGAUUGAAGGAGCGGAGAAGGAGAAAAUGAAAGAAAAAGUGCAGAAAAUCAUUGCUCAUGGGAUCAAUUGCUUUGUUAAUCGACAGUUAAUAUAUAACUUCCCGGAGGAACUUUUUGCAGAUGCAGGGAUACUUGCCAUUGAACAUGCUGAUUUUGAUGGGAUUGAGCGUCUCGCUCUAGUUACUGGUGGUGAAAUUGCAUCUACCUUUGAUAACCCUGAGUCUGUUAAGCUCGGUCAUUGCAAGCUUAUUGAAGAAAUCAUGAUUGGGGAAGACAAGUUGAUCCAUUUUUCUGGGGUUGAAAUGGGUCAGGCAUGUACCAUAGUCCUAAGAGGUGCAAGUCACCAUGUUCUUGAUGAAGCCGAAAGGUCCCUGCAUGAUGCUCUCUGUGUCCUCUCUCAGACAGUAAAUGACACCCGAGUUUUACUCGGUGGUGGGUGGCCUGAGAUGGUGAUGGCAAAAGAUGUGGAUGAACUCGCUCGCAAGACUCCUGGAAAGAAGUCCCAUGCUAUUGAAGCUUUCUCUCGGGCACUACAAGCAAUUCCUACUAUCAUUGCUGACAAUGCUGGCUUGGACAGUGCUGAGUUAAUCUCACAGCUUCGUGCUGAACAUCACAAGGAGAACAGUAAUGCAGGGGUCGAUGUUAUAACUGGCAGUGUAGGAGAUAUGGAGAAGCUCGGCAUCUCAGAAUCUUUCAAGGUUAAGCAAGCCGUACUAUUAUCAGCUACUGAGGCUGCUGAAAUGAUACUAAGGGUUGAUGAGAUUAUAACCUGUGCACCGAGGAAGAGGGAGGAGAGAAUGGGACACUAGUUAGUUGAGAUAUAGUUCUCUAGCUAAGAUUUUGGCACGCAUGAGUCUAGUCUGUACUUUUGAUCGGUUGAAAAAUUAAUUCCGUCGGAUAUCGAAACCUUAACAUGGUGGUGGUCAAGUGUGGCUUUUGUUUUAGUUUAUUUUUUGGGGGGGGUUUGUUUUUAUGUUAACUCCUAUACUUCUGUAACAAUCUUGUGUUGUCUUGUUAAUGCUAUAUUUAAGCUGUUUAUGCCAAUUUGGAACUUAAGACU